AUGACCACAUGGGCUGCUGGAGGGAGUACGGCUGUCACUGCCUGGGCCACCUCUGGGUCCAGGUUUAGGUCUGGCUCUGGGUCCAGGUUUAGGUCUGGCUCUGGGUCCAGAUUUAGGUCUGGCUCUGGGUCCAGGUUUAGGUCUGGCUUUGGCUCCAGCUUGAUCUCUAGGUCCUUCUUUUCCAGCCUGUCCCUGUCUCUGCUGCUAGCACUGCUGCUCGCCCUUUCCCUCCCUGUGGUUGUCUGCCAUCAACCUCUCUACAGAGGCAGGCUCCAGCCAACCAGUCCCUUGGAAGGUAUUGGGGUUCCGCUGGGGAGGCACGUACGCAGCUACAACCACCUGCAGGGAGAUGUGCGGCGGAGGAGGCUCUUCUCCUUCCAGAAGUUCUUUCUGCGGAUCGAUACGAAUGGCAGAGUUAAUGGGACCAAGAGCAAAGACGACCCCCUCAGUAUUCUGGAGAUCACGUCGGUGGAUGUGGGGGUGGUGGCUAUCAAAGGCCUGGGCAGUAACUAUUACCUGGCUAUCAGCAGGAAGGGUGAGCUGUACGGAGCGAGAAAGUUUGGCAUUGACUGCACACUGAAGGAGCGUAUUGAGGAGAACGGCUAUAACACCUAUGCCUCAGCCGAGUGGAGGAACAAGAAGAGACAGAUGUUUGUGGGCCUGAGUGUCCACGGGAGGCCACUGAGAGGGAAGAAAACACGGAGGAGGAAUGUGGCCACCCACUUCCUCCCCAUCAUGGUGUGA